AUGAUGGUAGCCAAAGCCGACAUCAACCGCGCUACGGAUAGCCAACCGAUCGCCCCUCCUGUGGCGGCGGCAGCAGCAUCAGCAGAAGCCAAGACCUCUCAGAGAGACGCGGGGAAAGAAAUCAAAUCGAAGGCAAAUCGGCCUCAAACCUCCGCCGUCGCCGAUGACAAUGGCGCGGCUCUGCGGUCCGCUGGCGCAGCAGCGGAGCCUAAGAAAGCAGGGGACGGUGAAUCCCCGUCCCCUGCCUCUGCCCCGGCGGAGAAGGAGCAAAGCACGCCCGCGGAGCAGCUAGCGCCGGGGCUUAGGAGAGGUUCCGGGGGCGCGACGUACAAGCUCGUCGAGAGCGGGGCUUUCGAGAUCUCGGACCACACGACCGACAGAGUCAGGCAGACACCGACGCCGCGCACGCUGGUCGUGACGGUCACUCUCCCCGCGGAUGCGGGGCCGACGCGCAAGCUGGACGUGGUGGUGGCCGUGAGGAGACUGACCAUCGGAGUCCUCAGCGACCCAGAGGGAAGCUCGCCCAGAUACCUCGACCUGCCGCUGCCGUACGACGUGGAAGACGAGUCCAAGUGCUCGGCUGCCCGCGACAAGUCGGGCCUGCUCAAGAUCACGAUGCCGGUCAAGCAACCCGCUGCACCGCCGUUAACCGUGCCACCACCACCACCGGCGGCGGCGGCUGCGGCGGGGGGUUGCAGUGAUGGAGGCGGGGGUGGUGCCGCCGCUGCCACCGAUAUCGAUGACGAUUAUGAGGAGCACAAGGUCGAUCUUUCCGAUGCCCUCUCUUUCCCUUUCUUGAGUUCCGAGAGUGCGUUGCGGCGUCUACUCGGCGAUCACUGCCGUUGCCGCCGCCACCGCCGCCUCCGCCCCCCGACAGUCCUCGCUGUCUUGGACUCUUGA